AUGAACACGGAAGGCAACAAGGUGUACCCCGGCGUCCAGCAGCCUAAUCAACCCACCGUAGUCGUGAUAAACCAGGGAGAGGACCCGAACGCCGACUACCGCAUCCCCGGAGGAGUCUGCCCCGGCGCAUUUAUGAUCGUCAUUGCCAUCGUCAACUUGAUCGUGUUCGUAGUAGUGGGGGUGCUCACGACGGUGGUUUGGGACACCCAAGCCAUUGCUGCAUUCAUCCUCUACUUGAUUGUUGGGGCUCUUGCUGCUGGGGGUGGAGCUAGAAAACAGGACAACAAGGGCUGUGCGAUCGCCUGUCUUAUUUUCGCCAUCUUCUGUCUUAUCUGCGCUUUCGUUCAGGUUAUCGUCAAGGGCCUUGGGGUUGCUGCUGGUGGAUUGGUGAUGGCUGUAGGUCAACAAGUUAUUGGCGCAGUCAUUUUCUACACCAAUAUUGCUCUCCUUGUACUGGCCUUUAUAGCCCUGGCUUUGUCCAUCACGCUCAUCGUCCUCCCGAGCAAAGUCCUCUGCUGCCGGAAACCCUCAGGUGGUGCAGUGAUUAUGCACAACAAUGGAGUGCAAAACGCCGGCCACACACAAGUCAUCCAGUAUUGAAUGCAUUGAACAAGACUUUAUAAGGACAUUGAGAACUGGAAUUUUUGAACACGGAUGAUUACACCACAUGGG